AUGGAAGCAACGUUUUGCAGGAAUACUUUGAAAAUCCAUGGGGCUGGUUCUGGAGGAACAAGAACCAUUUCAGGGACGAGCAAAUUCCACACGGAGCUGGAAUGUGAGCUUGCUGACUUGCACGGCAAAGAUGCCGCACUGCUGUUCACUUCCUGUUUUGCAGCCAAUGACUCCACAUUGUUUACUUUGGCCAAAAUGCUACCAGGUUGUGAAAUUUACACAGACGCGGGUAACCAUGCCUUGAUGAUUCAAGGUAUUCGAAACAGCGGCGUCAGUCGGUUCAUCUUCCGUCACAAUGACGUCAGCCACUUGCAAGAACUGUUGGAGAGGUCUGACCCUUCCACUCCAAAGAUUGUUGCCUUUGAGACAGUGCAUUCAAUGGACGGGUCGGUGUGCCCACUGGAGCAAAUGUGCGAUGUUGCCCACAGAUUUGGGGCCAUCGCCUUUGCGGAUGAGGUACACGCAGUCGACCUAUACGGGGGCAAGGAGUCCAUCAGGAUUCUUAAAAGUGGGGAAGGGCGCAUGCUCAGGAGGAAACACCAGAGAUGUAUCAAGUUGCUCCGACAAAUACUGAUGGACUCUGGCCUUCCUUUUGUCUACUGCCCGAGCCACAUCGUUCCUGUGCGGGUAUGAUGGAGAAGUCUUUGGAAAUUAUCAACAUGGUGACCAGUUUCAACUUCAUUUUCUGAAUUCUACCAGCCACACUGUCAGGGGCUAUUGUUUGUUUCAUCAAAGCAAAAAAAAAAAAUUUUUAAAGUAUACCUGUCUCCACUUACAAACUGAACCACCCAUUUCCACUUUUCCCAUACAUCCAAGCUGUUUAAUGUUCUUAUUAUACAAUUUAUGAAUCACUAUUAAUUGUGUUACCUAUGUGUUGUCCAAACAAACGUGUUUAAGAAGAUUGGGGCCCUGCUGCAGAGUUAAUCCCACGUGACGGCACUCAGCCAAUCAAAUGUGAGUAAACAUUGCAAGCCGGAAAAUUAAAACGGACGUAACAGUAAGAGGUGAUGAUCGAAAGCGAUAUGGCGUAGAGAGGCGCUUCAUUGAUUAACGCAUUUCCGGACUUCCUUGAUUUCACCACACGAGGGCGAUGUGGGCCUCCAGGAGCGCCUCUCUCUGUCUCUGUUUCUGCUUAUGAUUCAUACUCGAGUACAGUAUGCGGUGCAGUUGGAGGCUUUCCUGCUGAACCACUGAUGGUAUCAACAACGAACAGGAUAUUGCAUUUCCUCUUGAGAUAGCACAGGCAUCGCAACAAUCAGCAAAUAUGCCCACAGAUGCACACGUAGAUGUUCAACGGAGCGGUGUGUACUGGAAACGUUAACAUGAACUCAUCAACGGGGCAACAAGAUUAGAUUUUAUUAUGCAUGUUGUGGCGUAGAUUCAAGAGCUCUUCAAAUGUAUCCCACUCAAAGGGAGGCGCAACUCUCCUCCCUUCAUACUAAUGAAACCAAACGAAAAUGUGUAAUAUUGUGCAUUAGACUAUUUUGCUACAUGUACACUUCAAAAUAAAAGUAUCAUAAAUAGUAUGUGGACAAUAAUUAUUUCAAUUUAAAAUCAUUGUAUCUCUGUUAUCACGCGACCAAUCCACUAAACUGUCCCAGGAUUGCACCCAGGAACGUUCUGAAGUUGCAUAUGAAAUUUAAGUGUUUUUUUUUUAAAUAUUCAUGUAUGACUGUACACUUGAUUUUGAAAAAAAAAAAAUAUUAAAACAAAUUUCUUUAGUAUUGCCCAAACCAGUCUUGUUCUGGGAGACACUAGACCAGUGUCACACUGGU